CAGAAGGGGCCUUCUGGAGUUUGGUGGCCGGUGGUGCCAUGGGCUUCAGGGCCAGAGGUUGCUCUUAGUCUGGUAAGACAGGUCUAGGCAACAUGCAUGCCCAGAGGCAGCUGGCUUUAGCCACAGUGAGAGCAGAAGUCAGGCGACAUGAGGUGACCAAGCAAGCUCUAAGCCGCCUCAGGAAGCUGGCAGAGAGAGUGGAUGACCUUGAUCUUCGAGAAAGCAUCCAGACCUCACUGGACAGCAUACGAGAGGCUGUGGUCAAUAGCCAGGAAUGGACUUUGAGCCGUUCCAUUCCUGAACUGCGCCUGGGUGUGCUGGGUGAUGCCAGGAGUGGGAAGUCAUCACUCAUUCAUCGAUUCCUAACUGGUUCAUACCAGGUGCUGGAGAAGACUGAGAGUGAGCAGUACAAGAAAGAGAUGUUGGUGGAUGGACAGACUCAUCUGGUGCUGAUCCGAGAGGAAGCAGGGGCACCUGAUGCCAAGUUCUCAGGCUGGGCAGAUGCUGUGAUCUUUGUCUUCAGCCUGGAGGAUGAGAACAGUUUCCAGGCUGUGAGCCGUCUCCAUGGGCAGCUGAGCGCUCUCCGGGGAGAAGGGAGAGGAGGCCUGGCCCUGGCAUUGGUGGGGACACAAGACAGGAUCAGCGCUUCCUCUCCUCGGGUGGUAGGUGAUGCUCGUGCCAGGGCUCUAUGCACAGACAUGAAGCGCUGCAGUUACUAUGAGACGUGUGCAACCUAUGGGCUCAAUGUAGAUCGGGUCUUCCAGGAGGUGUCCCAGAAGGUAGUGACUUUGCGCAAACAGCAGCAACUCCUGGCUGCCUGCAAGUCCCUGCCUAGCUCCCCAAGCCACUCAGCUGCCUCUACUCCUGUAGCUGGGCAGGCUAGUAAUGGGGGCCACACUAGCGACUACUCUUCUUCUCUUCCAUCCUCCCCCAAUGUUGGCCACCGGGAGCUCCGAGCUGAGGCAGCAGCAGUGGCUGGAUUGAGCACUCCAGGAUCUUUGCACAGGGCGGCCAAGCGGAGGACCAGCCUUUUUGCGAAUCGUCGAGGGAGUGACUCAGAGAAGCGGAGCCUGGACAGUCGGGGAGAGACAACAGGGAGUGGUCGAGCCAUCCCCAUCAAACAGAGCUUCCUACUAAAGAGAAGUGGCAAUUCUUUGAAUAAAGAAUGGAAGAAGAAAUACGUGACCCUGUCCAGUAACGGCUUCCUACUCUACCAUCCCAGCAUUAACGAUUACAUCCAUAGUACCCAUGGCAAGGAGAUGGACUUGCUACGAACGACAGUCAAAGUCCCAGGCAAAAGACCCCCAAGAGCCAUCUCUGCUUUUGGCCCCUCAGCCAGCAUCAACGGGCUGGUCAAGGACAUGAGCACUGUCCAGAUGGGUGAAGGCCCUGAAGUCACUACUCCCAUGCCAAGCCCCAGUCCCAGCCCCGGUUCCCUGCAGCCACCAGACCAGACAUCCAAGCAUCUGCUGAAGCCAGACCGGAAUUUGGCCCGAGCCCUCAGCACCGACUGUACCCCAUCUGGAGACCUGAGCCCCCUGAGUCGGGAACCCCCUCCUUCUCCCAUGGUGAAGAAGCAGAGGAGGAAAAAAUUGACAACACCAUCCAAGACUGAAGGCUCAGCUGUACAGGCUGAAGAGGAAAACUUUGAGUUCCUGAUUGUAUCCAGCACUGGUCAGACAUGGCACUUUGAGGCAGCCAGCUUUGAAGAGCGGGAUGCCUGGGUCCAAGCCAUCGAGAGUCAGAUCUUAGCCAGUUUGCAGUGUUGUGAGAGCAGCAAGGUCAAGCUGCGCACAGACAGCCAGAGUGAAGCUGUGGCUAUCCAGGCAAUCCGGAACGCCAAGGGAAACUCCAUCUGCGUGGACUGUGGGGCCCCCAACCCCACGUGGGCCAGCUUGAACCUGGGUGCACUGAUCUGCAUCGAGUGUUCUGGCAUCCACCGGAACCUGGGCACACACCUGUCCCGCGUUCGCUCGCUGGAUUUGGAUGACUGGCCGCGGGAGCUGACCCUGGUGCUGACUGCCAUUGGCAACGACACGGCCAACCGCAUCUGGGAGAGCGACACUCGGGGUCGUGCCAAGCCCACGCGGGACUCUUCGCGGGAAGAGCGCGAGUCGUGGAUUCGCGCCAAGUACGAGCAGCUGCUGUUCCUGGCGCCGCUGGGCACCACGGAGGAGCCGCUGGGCCUCCAACUGUGGGCCGCGGUACAGGCCCAGGACGUGGCCGCUGUUCUUCUGCUUCUGGCCCACGCGCGACACGGGCCGCUGGACACCAGCGUAGAGGACCCGCAGCUCCGUUCCCCACUUCACCUGGCUGCGGAGCUCGCCCACGUUGUCAUCACGCAACUGCUGUUGUGGUACGGCGCGGACGUGGCGGCCCGCGACGCGCAGGGCCGCACGGCCUUGUUCUACGCGCGUCAGGCUGGAAGCCAGCUGUGUGCAGACAUCCUCCUCCAGCACGGCUGCCCAGGCGAGGGCGGCAGCGCAGCCACCACGCCCAGCGCCGCCACCACGCCCAGCAUGACCGCCACGCCCAGCCCCCGGCGCCGGAGCAGCGCCGCUAGCGUGGGCCGCGUCGAAGCCCCGGUAGCGCUGGUAUAGUUGCCCAGCAGCGGGAGAGACACCCCAUCCCCACCACCCCCUCAGGCGAGCCGGGCACGACCACACCGGGUGGACCAUUGGACAGAUGCACCCACUCACCUCUUCAACCCGCCCCCCACCCCCACCACGGGAGCACUUCCUUACCCCCCACAAGGGCACAGCCCCCUCCCCUCCCCACGCCUCCCAGAAGACACAAACGCACCUUCCUCUCCCCAACGAGGCAUGGAGACCCUUCCCCCCUACCCCCACAGCUCAACACACCCCCUUCUCCACUGUUUCCA